UUUCUCUUAGCCAAAAAUCCGGAUAAGAAAAUUGAGUAGAAGAGUUUUCUUGGGGGGUGUUGGCUGCCUGCUAGGCGGACCUAAUGCACUCGGGACUUCAACACUAGACCAGCCUAAGACCUUGCUGAGACAAGUAAGGGUACAAAGAACAAACCAUCAGAGGAGGAUCCUUGUGACGCGGAUCAUUGGCAGUUAAGUUGUUUAAUUUUAGAUUCUGAAAUUUUCCAUUUUCUCGAGUAAUUCAAUCGCUGUUUGAUUUUUAUGAACUUCUAAUUUAUUCUUAUGAUCUGAAUGGAAUGAUGCUCUUGUUGGGCGUCGUUGUUGCAUCUAUUCUCUGAGAGUGUGUGUUCAAUUUUUUUUUUUUUUCUCGUGUGAAUUUAAUGCCUAUUCAAUCGUAAAAUUCAUAGUGAAUGGCUUUGAUUAAUGCUCUGAAAAAUCUGGAGAAAGAGAAACCUAAUUGGGUUGUCUCUGGUUAGACAAGAAAUUGGGGUUGAGAUUAUUCUGUGUAAUUAUGAUUAGCUUACUUGUUUGAUUGUUUGGAAAUGAUCUACUUCUUCAAUUUAUUGGUAGUUCGCAUCAAGAGUUGUAUCGAAUUUCCAGUUUAUUUUAUAAUGAUUAUCUUGUAUUUUUAUUAGUUUCUAUCGAAUUUCCAGUUUCUUCCUUUAUUGAUUAAUAACUUUAUAAUUAUAUUUCUGGCAUUUUCAUCAGUUGCUACUGAAUCCCUCUUCCUUGAUUAUCAUUGAUAGAUAAUCUAGAUUUUAUGGACGAGGUUGCGGAGGCCGUUGAGAAGGUGAAGAAAGAAUGGGAUGAGACAAUUGCACAUGCCCACGAACAUGUAAAAGCAAUUGAGGAGUAUGGAAAACCAGGAAGAGGAACUGAUGAAGGGAAUUCUCUCCAGAGGUUGAAUGGUCUUGCACAGGAUGCAUUGGCCUUACUUCGUUCAAUGCAGUUUAGGCUUGAUCUUCUUGCUCAGCAACUUCCCACAGAAGAAGAAGCACAAUCUGCUCAAUCAAUGCUGAAAUCUUGGAAGGAUCAAUACCAAAGUCUGCAUUUAGGCCUUAGGAAUGCCAAUUUGCAAGCAAAGGCCAACAUUAGGAAAGCUGCUCAAGCCGAGAGGGAACUUCUUCUAGGUGGUGGAGAAGAGUCUACAAUUCGCAGACGCAAUUUACAGACAAAGACUGGGAUGACAUCUGCUGCAGAAAGCAUCACAGAGAGCCUUCGCCGCACUCGUCAACUGAUGGUUCAGGAGGUGGAAAGAAGUGCAAGUACAGUGAUGACAUUUGAUGAAUCAACAGGAGUACUAAAGAAGGCAGAAAGUGAAUACAAGGGACAUCGCUCCCUGCUUAUGCGAACCAGAAACCUACUCUCCACGAUGAAGCGCCAGGAUGUCAUUGACAGGGUGAUAGUUGUUGUUGGGUUUCUCCUCUUCUCUUGUGCUGUCCUAUAUGUUGUCUCAAAACGUAUUGGAAUACUCAAGUUGCAGAGAAAGGUUACUGCUGCAAUCAAGGCAGGGAUGGCUGGACAAAGAGGGAUGAAACCUCAACCUCCAGAAGAUGCCUUUAAUUCCAUGCAUCUUCAUGAAAAUGUAGUUCCUGAUGUGGAGGUUCCAUUACAAAAUAUUCGUGAUGAACUCUAAUUACCACCCCCCCCCCCCCCCGGUUGAAGAAAAUGGAAGGAACUUGUACUGUAUUCAUCUAAUCUGCAAUGCCAUGGCUGGAUCUCCAUUUUUUUGUAGUUUUUAUGUUCCAUGUAAAAAAUUUGGCUACCAGCCAUGUCAAUGGGGGAUUAAUCUCUUUAUUUCUUCUAAGUCAGCUGUAAAAUGUCUGUUUUUUUUUUUUAAGGCUGUGUUUUCUUCCAGGCCUUGCAAUAAAAUUCUUUCUAAUA